UAAUGUAAAAUAGCAAUAUAUAUGUAUAUCACUAUAUCAUAGGAAUUAGCUAUCACAAAAAAAAAAAGCACACAAAAGAAACCAAAGCAAAGCUCGUUCCACCACCACCACCACCAUGUUUGAGGAAUCAUUGUCAUCAUCAACAUCCUCCCUCACCAGUUGGUUCACCCCAACCAUGUUCUUCCUCCUUCUCCAACUUGUUAUUGCCACCAUUUACAUCAUCUCCUCUCUCUCCAACAACAAUGCCAAGCAUCAUGAACAUCAUGAACCACAACAACCACUUGCAAGAUCCCCUUCUCUCUUGCAUAGACUCAAAUCCCUAAACUUUUAUAACUACCACGAACAACAACCACAACAACUUCCACAUGAAAUCAAUAACUACUUAUUCCAACAACAACAACCGCUUCCUAGAUCUCCUUCUCUAUUGCAAAGGCUUAAAUCCAUCAAUUUUUACUCUAACCACCCUCAUCACACUUCCCAAGAACCUCAACAAACUCAACAACUUCCCAGAUCUCCCUCCUCAGUCAUCCAACGCCUCAAAUCCAUUAACCUUCAAACUUAUUUCCCAACUGAAACUUUAUCUUCCUAUUUUACCCCUGAACAACCAAAGAAAAAAACGAACGUGCCGAAAAUACCAAAAGUGAAGAAACAAGAAGAACAACAAGAAGAAGAAGAAUACGACGAUGGAGAUGUAGUUGGAGAAAUAAUGUUCCGCAAUAACAACAACCAUGACGUGGAUGAGGAUUCUUGCGCUUCCAUGGACGAGAUUUUCAGCAAGCUGCAGCAAGGGCAAACCGGUAAUUUCACAAGAACGCAUUCCGACACUAAACCGGCCUCCGGCGAGGUUCCGGUUAAGCUUCCGAGGAAGAUGAAGAAGUCGGCGAGCACCAAAUCGGCCUUCUCGCACUUCGAGGAGGUCGACAUUGUGGAAACCCGCCGUCCGGCCACCGCGAGGGAGAGUGGCGCCGCCGCAGAAGAAGGCGGAGGUGACGGCGGCGUUGACGCAAAGGCGGACGACUUCAUUAACCGGUUCAAGCAGCAGCUGAAGCUUCAGAGGCUGGAUUCAAUAAUGAGGUAUAAGGAGAUGAUUGGCAGAGGGACUGCCAAGUAAUUAAGAAAACUUAUAGGGGGCUAAUUGCAAUAAGUAAUUAGUAAUUAAUUUUCACUAUCUUUUUACUAGUGUAAUUUUCAUGUUUGUUUAGUGUUACUGCUGUUGGCUAUAAUUAUAUAUAUGUUUUUGUAAAAUUGUGUUGUUUAAGUAUUGGUUUUCCUUAUUUUCUUUUUUUGGCUAAUAUUUUUGUAGCUAUAUAUUCAACACAUUAUUAUACUUUUGAUUUAGUUCUCAAGUUCUUCUAAUAUAAUGAAAUUUAAUUUAA